UCCAGGCAGUGAACUCCAGCCUGCUCUGUCAUACCGGGCCACAUACUCUACUUCCUAGUUUACCUGACACCGCCCCCUCCAUUUUAAAGGGGUACACUCAUAAUUACAAACACCGGGGUAUGUGAAUAAGAAAAAGUGGUGAAGCUGGAUGACAUUUUGUCUUUUUUUUUUUAGUUAAAAAAGGUCUGGUCUGAAGCCAAAGUACAAAGUGCAGGAUGAGAUGGUGUAUAAUGUUAAAAUUCCACCUUGGCACAGCCUGAUCAAGGAUGAAAUCACAGAUGAUACAGUGCUCAAAAAGCUAAUUCUGUAUUUUAAAUAUAGGUGGCAACGUAACAUUAACCCUAAAACUGUUUGGGGGCAUCAUUCAGCUUCCGACAUGCAUCGCGAAAGAUAUUCUGCAAGCAAUAAUUCAGUUUUACACCAAGAAAAACAGACGGGGAUAUCAUUGUGUGUUUAAAAAAAUAAUAAUAAAACAAAGUUGGAAGCAACAUUUCAAAUUUAUAGUUAAUAGUUGGCUUGGUAUGUAUUUGUAUUGUAAUGUGUUGUUUUGUUUUUUGACAUUUUCUGUGUAAGUUUGCAAAAACAAUUGUUGGGAAUGUAAUCUGAACCUUUUAUUUGCCCAUGUAACUUAUGUAAUGGAUGACACUGAUUGACCACAGUGCAUAAAUGUGAUGUUGCUCACAGUGGUCAAAGGGAGCGCCCACGGUUUUUGUGUUUGCUCAGAAAAAUUUGAGGCAACGUUCCUCCGGACAUGUGGUUCCUUUCUGAAUUUUGCACUUAGUGGGAGUGAGGCCUUCACUAACAUUUGCGAUAACACGUAGAUAGAUAAAACACGAGCUGGGAGAGUUCCAGACUUUUUACCGACUUAUCUGACAACACUAAUGAGGCCACGUAGUGCCGAAAAUGGAUGAACAGAAAUAUAGUUGGGAGGUGUAAACAGUUUCGCCUGAGUCCUCCCUUUGAUCAGAUCCAUCUUGACAAUGUUUGGCAACAAUAUGUUUCCUAACAGAGCUUGUCCCUCCUUUUGAACAUGAGUGAUCCAAUCCCGUGUGUCAGCUCGCUGGUAAACUAGAAGAUAUUCUGCCGCCCUUGUGGUGGCACCCCUCCCCCGAUUAAAUAGGGUGACCGCAGAAGUGACACACUUGUCAAAUAUAAUCAAAUCUGUCUGCAAGUCUUGUUAACAAAUCGCCUGGAUUAAAAUUUAAUUUUAAUGAAGUCCAGGCUCCCUCCCACACCCACUGAUCUAAAAGAAAAAAGAAAAAAAAAAGUCUGGCUAGCUCAUUGGCCACCAAAACCGUAGUCGCCAUCCGCCAUCCUGAUACUCCCAAAACAACUAUGCCGGCCUGUGCAGCGUUAAUCGCCAGUUUUGGGGCUGGGAGAAAACACUCCACAGCUGGCCUGCUGCUGCGGCUCAGCGGCCUGCUCGUGCUGCUGCAACUGCUGCCCAAAAAUCAAACAGUCCACAGCGACCCGCAUCAUGUACACCAUCUUCCUUCUGCUGGUCACUGUCGUCUGUGUCAUCAUGAUGUCCCCCACCGUAGAGGAAGAGAUGCAAAAGAUCCCCUUCUACAGUGAGCUGUGCGAGAAGUUGAAUGCAGGGAAGAACUGCAAAACCCUGGUGGGUUACUCUGCCGUCUACAAGGUGUGCUUUGGCAUGGCCUGUUUCUUCUUCAUCUUCUCCAUCUUCACCAUAGGCGUCAAUAACAGUACUGGCUGGCGGGCAGCCAUACACAACGGGUUUUGGUUGCCAAAAUUCAUUUUGCUUGUGGCCAGCUGUGCAGGAGGCUUCUUUAUUCCACAAGAGGAAAUAUUUCUGGAAGUGUGGCGCUACAUCGGAGCUGCCGGCGGCUUCGUCUUCCUGCUGAUCCAGCUCAUGAUGCUGGUGGAGUUUGCCCACCGGUGGAACACAAACUGGAGCUCGGGAGUGAAGUAUAACCGCCUGUGGUACGCAGCGUUGGCCUUGGUGACCCUGGUGCUGUACAGCAUCGCGGUGGGAGCCGUGAUGUUCAUGGGUCUGUACUACACCCACCGCACAGCGUGUCACCUCAACAAGAUCUUCCUGGGCGUCAACGGCACCCUCUGCUUUAUUGUGACCGUCCUCGCGAUCUCGCCCAUGAUUCAGAAACUUCAGCCCACGUCAGGCCCGCUCCAACCCGGAAUCAUCAGUGUGUACGUGAUGUACCUCACCUUCUCGGCUUUCUCCAGCAAACCGACAGAAAUGGUGGAGAACGACGGGCUGAACACGACCGUGUGCGUCUUUCCUUUUAAAUCCGGGCGGGAGAGCGACAAGAAGAUCGUCAAAGCUCUGGGAGCCGUUAUCUUGUUUGGCUGCAUCCUUUACUCCUGCCUGACCUCCACGAUCAAACGAAGAUCCGCGGCGCUCCGAGUGUGCAGAAACAGUGAACCGGAGACCGAAAGAGCACGAUGCUGUUUCUGCUUCCCGGAUGACACAGACGACUACGACGAAGAGAAGAGCGGCGGAGGGCAAAACGUGGUCUACGACGAGAGCGUGGCGACCAACUACAGCUACAAAUAUUUCCACUUCGUCUUCUUCCUGGGUUCCCUUUACAUCAUGAUGACCAUAACAAACUGGUUCCACUACGACAACUACCGGAUUGAGAAGCUGUUGGACGAGAGCUGGUCGGUGUUCUGGAUCAAGAUUUCGUCUUCGUGGGUGUGCCUGCUGCUCUACAUUUGCACCCUCAUCGCGCCCGUCAUCUGCCCCAGGCGCUUUGAGGCCUAGGACGCGGGUCGCCACAGUCUUGUUUUUAAACCUUGAAUUAUUGUCUUCUACUGUCCUCCCCUUUAGAAGCGGAGGAAGAUCUGAUGCCUUUUAUGACACUAUUUGCAAACGUUUAUGUGUUAUGCUGUCGAUACCUUGAUGGUAUUCUUCUUUUUUUUACAAUUAUGAUGUCUGGACAUUUUCUCUUACAAUCCAGUCUAAAUGUUGUGCGAAUUCUGUUAAUUGUGGACGUGAUGCGACAUCCAAUUUUUUUUCCCCCUGUGUGAGUCUUGUAUCCCCCCCCCCAGCUUUCUACAUUAAUAUCAUAAAUUUGUAGCAAAAUAAUCAGAAAAAUAAUCCAUCAUUUUUGAGUCCCUGUGUGAGGGAAAGUGCAAAAAAAUGAAUUAUAUUUUACAAAUUCAUCUCUCAGGCUUAUAUGGAUGCGAGUAUGUCAUAUUGUGUUCCCUUUUCUAGAGUUUUUUUUUUUUUUCUUUUAUGAACGAAAACAAAUUAUAAGCUCUCUGUUUUGGAUAUUUCAGGUUUUGUCAAACCCAGUGCUCCCUUUGAGCAAAAUAAUUUUGGGUAUUAAACAAAAACUAAACAUUCCAUUCACACAGACGGUCAUAAUUGCUGUUUUUUUUCGCGGUGACAGCAGUAGAAAGAUGUUCCAACUGUAAAGCGUGCAGCUAUUUGCCAAAGUUUAUGUUUGGAAAAGAAACUACUGAACGCUCCACGGAAAAUGUAUUCAUGUUUCCAACACAUUUAAGACGCUUACAUCAGGUUCUGUCGAUUUGUAUGCAUCAUCUGAUACUAAAAGAUAAAAAAAUAAACCAAAUCAAGUUAUUCAACACUGGAUGUUGAGGUAACAGUUAAAUUAAUACUCACACAAAUGUUUAUUAAAAGUGACUCCACUAACCCCUGUUGUUUUCCUAACAAAUCAUUUUUUGUAACUUAUGUACAUUAUUUGCGUCACUCGUAUUGUGCAAAUAUUAGUCAUUAAAGUGAACAUUUUUUUCAA